AUGGUCCCCGUCACCACGCUCCUCCUGCCCAAGAACUUGGCGCCGUUUGCAUCGCUUUCAUUUGACGAGGCUGCGCGGCAAGCGGGCUGCGAGGCCUCCCUGCGGGAGACGCCGAGUUGGAUGCUUCUGGAGCUACGUGGCGGACCGCGCGAGCGCAUCGCUGGGGCCGCCAAGGCCCAUGAAGUCGCAGAGGCUGCCGCUGCAGAGCGCGAUGGUGAUACUACAGGCGAGAAGACAGGCGGCGGUAGCCCGCAAAGAGUGUCUCGGAUGGUGCCGUCAGAGUCGACUUGCUCCAAGAGGCCUACGGAGCCCCUUCCAGCCCCGCCAAGAAGCAUCACUGGGGAUGCCAAUGGGAGGCAGCCCCUCACUCCGCCGACAGUGACCGUCACGAAGCAAGUUCCGGGACCAGGUGAGGUGUCGACGACGCCUCCUCGGUCAGCAAGCAACUCUUCAACGACGUUACUCCUGUCGAUGCCGAGCGUUUCUGCGGCAAUGCGCCUCUUGAAGAACUGGGACAUCCCGCGGCGAGCGGGUGUGCAGAUGGAGGUCGAGGCUCUGACGUCUGCAGACGAGGGAGCCGUGCUGCGACUAAAUGGAACCUCGGUCGCGAAUGCGGUAGCCUGCGUGUUGCUGCAGCAAGCUCAGUGGCUCGAGCGGCCGACGCUGUGA